UUCAUCUCUGUAUAUACCUAUAGACGGAGAGAAGGAUCCCAGAUUUUAAUUUCUCGUAUUGUUUCUUGCCUUCUAUAGAAAAAAAGACAUCAAAUCUUUGGAAGUACAAUAACCCAAGAAGAAGAAGAAGAAGAAGAAGAAGAAGAAGAAGAAGAUGGCUGCCAGGAGGAACAACCCUUCAGGUAUAGUUCCUACCAUACAGAACAUUGUAUCGACAGUAGAUUUGGACUGUGUAUUGGAUCUUAAGCACAUAGCACUGCAUUCUCGCAAUUCUGAGUUCUUUCCUAAGCGUUUCUCCGCUGUGAUUAUGAGAAUCAAAGAUCCCAAAACUACUGCCUUGAUUUUUGCCUCUGGCAAGAUGGUCUGCACUGGUGCAAAAACCGAAGCGCAGUCUAAACUUGCGGCCAGGAAGUUUGCAAGAAUUAUUCAGAAGCUAGGGUUUCCUGCCAAGUUUAGAGACUUCAGGAUCCAGAAUAUUGUUGCCUCUUGCGAUGUUCAAUUCACUAUCAGACUUGAGAAGUUUGCCUGCACAUCCCAUGGUGCCUUUUCCACCUACGAACCUGAACUCUUCCCUGGCCUUAUCUACCGCAUGAAACAGCCAAAGCUCGUGUUGCUUAUCUUUGUCUCUGGGAAGGUUGUGAUCACUGGAGCCAAGAAAAGGGAUGACUUCUACACUGCCUUCGACAACAUAUACUCUGUUCUUGCAGAGUUCAAGAAGUAAGGGAGGUCUUCUCAGUUAUGAUCUGUAGAAAUAGAUAAAUUUUGGCCUAGAAUUAAACCAAUCACUGCAAUGAUUCAGGCCACUCAUAUUGGGCAAUGGGUCCCAUUUUAUAAUGACAAAUACUAUUCCUUGUUUUA